AUGCACCAAUGGUUGGAAGACUUCGGCCUCGGAUAUGAUCGCAACGACCGCAGCACAUGGAAGAGCGAGCAUCUCCCCGAGAUCAACAACAAAGGCAUGUGCCUCGACUACGCCGUCACCCAUGAAGACUUUGCAUGGGAGAUUCGUGCUGAACCUGGUGUUCUCUCCGUCUUUGAAACCGUCCUCAACACCGAAGACUUGAUUGUCAGUUUCGAUGCCGUCAACUUCGGUCUCGCUGGCCGCAAAGAUCUGCCUCCCAACAAGCCUUGGCCUCACCAAGAUCAAGACCCCACCAAGAAUGGCUUCAGAUGUCUGCAAGGCUUGGUCAACCUCCUGCCCAACGGCCCCGAUGAUGGUGGGUUGAUCGUAUGCGAAGGAGCACAUUUAUUGAGUCAGCAAUUCCACAAAGAGAUCGCCGGCACAGAAACACCCAUUCCUGCAUGGAAUCCCGAGUGGUAUGGUUUCACAGACAAGGGCAUGAAGUGGCUUGAAGACCACGGUUGCCGUUGGACAAAGGUCUGCGCUGAACCUGGAGAUCUUCUUCUCUGGGACUCGCGCACACCUCAUUACAACCUUUCUUCCACAACUGAUCAGUCCCGUUUCUGUGUGUACACAUGUUACAUGCCCGUUACAGAAGCCUCUGAGGAGGAAUUGCAGAGAAAGAAGGUCGUGUUUGAGGGUUGGUUCGGUACCACUCACUGGCCCAACUGCAAAGUCAUGGGAAGGAACCAGGCAUCAAGGAAUGGCGAGCCUGACCCCCACAACAGAUCUGAACCUAGAAAGAAGCCACAGCUGUCGGAGCGUGUGUACAAGUUGACUGGUAUCCCUUACAUCAAGACGCAAGCUUGA